AAACAACUUAAAUGUCUAGAUUUAAUUUGACCUUCGCCGAUAUUUAACAUAAUAUGUUGAAAUGAUUAUUUUGAAGUCAUAUUAAGUAUAUAAGUUGAAUUUAUGCGGUGCAGUGAUGGCUCAACCGAGUCAAGUAAACCUCGAUAUAGACGAUGAGGCGAUAGCAGAGAGUAGUACUCGUAAUAAUGUUAUACAUAGAAUGGACUCGGUUACCAGGCCAUUGGCUCCAAAUAGAAAUAAUUUAGGUCUAGGAGAUCGACUGAACAGUGUGUUUAGGGAAAUUAGACCCCUGGUAGAACAUGCCAGAAUGGGCAAUAAUGCUAGAUUGUCACUUCCUACAUGGCUACCAAGGAAUCCUCCCGGAACACACCAGCCUGGCGAAGGACCUCAACGACCACAAAGUUCCAUAGCACAUGUGAAUUUAGGCCCUGGAGCUCAAACUUAUAUUGUAACUGAAAGAGGAACACCAGUUAUACAAAGGAGUAUUAGUCAUGGCAUGAGUAAUAGUCCAUCGAAUGAAUCUAACAUUUCUGAGCAGGCACCAGAACAUGUUGACAUAAAUGUCUCUGUAAAUCCGUCGAAUAAUAAUAAUAUUAAUGACAAUGCAGAUAACGAUAGUCAGAGCGAAGAUGGAACACAACAGGUGGUGGAUAUUCGGGCGACAUUGAAUCUGUUGCUAAGCUACGCUCCGUUCUAUUUCAUAUUAUUCAUAAAAUAUAUGUAUGACAGCAGAGAGGGUAUAUUCACAUUCUUUGUUUUGUUCUGCACAUUCUCACACAGUAACAGUAUUGUCAGGAGAGAAAAUGGCAAACAGAUGAAUCGCAGUAUACUAGCGUUGUUUAGUGAAUUAAUUCUUGCAUCCAGUUGCAUUUUCAUCGUUCACUUUCUGUUUGGUCACGGGAAACUUUUGCCGAAUGUAAUAAUGUUUCCGGGAUAUACGGAGCCAAUCGAUGUAUGGGAGCUACUGUGGCUGGUUGUGCUCACCGAUCUCAUAGUGAAGAUCAUCACUGUUAACAUUAAAAUUGUGAUCACAAUGAUGCCAGCUUUCAUUCUACCAUUCCAGAAGAGGGGAAAGGUGUACCUGUUCACCGAGGCCGUAUCACAGUUGUACCGCUCACUAAUAACAAUUCAACCGUGGAUUUUCUACCUGAUGCAAUCCUACGAGGGUUCGGAGAAGAUGGUCGGCAUGUUCCUCACGUCCGUGUACGGGAUCGCGAAGGUCGUGGAGAUACUGGUUCGGCUGCAAUUGUUUAAAAAUGCUACGUGGACACUGUUGCAGAGUGUUAACCUGGGCACCAAGCCGACGUGCGAGCAGCUGGUGUCGGCGGGCGACGCGUGCCCCAUCUGCCACGACGACUACAGCACGCCGGUGCGGCUGGGCUGCUCGCACAUCUUCUGCGAGCUGUGCAUCGCGGCGUGGCUGGACCGCGAGCACACGUGCCCGCUGUGCCGCGCCAAGGUCGCCGACGAGCCCACGUGGCGCGACGGCUCCACCACCUACGACUUCCAGCUCUACUAGCUGGCGGCCGCCGACUGGUCGAUGCGUUGUCUAGUAGUGUUACCGUGCACUUUAUUUUUAAUAUCUAUAUCUUAAAAUCGCUCUCGGAAGACAAGCUUCACCCACGGUUUCGAACAUUAUUAUUAUAAUUUCGAACAUUAUUAUCAACAAUAAAUCGGAUUGUCAUAGUACUAUGUUAACUAAGUGGGUAGAAUGAAAGCACAUACUUUAUUACCAUUGUCAGAUGUAUCAGGUCCACAAAAUUGUAGACCACUCCACGAGUAGAAAUCUUAGGCAAAAAAAUACAAGUCGAUUCACGCGGCUAAAGAUAAGUGAGACGAUUCCAGCAUAUAAGACAAUCCUAAGAAACGAUUUGGCCAAUGAAGGUCACGCGGAUUAACCAAUCAGUACAAAAGAGUAAUUUCCUUUAUGGGUUCGUUUCAUGGAAUUGACUUUAGAUGUAAUAUCUUACAAGAUUUUUAAAGCACCUUUGUAUCUCAACUAACUGUAAAUAAAAUUGAUGAAAUAUCAUGCAGU